UUUGAUCACAUAAUCCACCAAUAAAAUUACAAAGUCACUCAUCAUAUCAUAAUAACCAUGGUGUCUUUUAUGAGUUCUCGCAUUGGAUUGCUUUUCUUUGCAGUUCUUUCUCUGAGUGCAUACUUAGAUGUGGCAUCAGCACAAUGUCGACCUGGGCAAAGAAAUUUGAUCACUUUCCCAACCCUAAGCUGCCCUGUAUGUAGUGCCAAAUGUGGUUUGAAAUGUGGGAUUUUUGCGGGAGGCCAACCAGGUACUGGUGUUUGCAAACCCCAACCUCUUGGCGUAGUUUGCACAUGUUGCUGUGGAAAUGCGAAUCCCCCAGUCCCAGUCCCAGCCAAAUCCCCUCCACCACCUCCACCUAGAGCAUCACCACCCCCACCGUCACCUCCUCCACCAUCUCCACCACCACCACCACACCUUCACCUCCACCUCCAUCCCCACCCCCACCACCACCUAGAGCAUCACCACCCCCACCGUGUAACUCCAUCGCUUGCGGCGUGCAUUUCCAAUUAUUGCAGCUGUUGUUGCCCGACUACCCUUACAUCAUCAUCAACAACUCCUGGUUCAGCGUUACUUGCAACAGCAUAG